GGCAGAGGACGACUGACCUUACGAUGGGUACCAGGGCACGUCGAUAUUGUAGGAAACGAGAGAAGCGACGAGGAAGCGAAGGCAGCAGCAAGAGGACUCACGAGCAUGGAUACAGUACUACCAAAGGCAAUCAGGGGACAGCUUCCCUUCAGCCGGUCGGCGGCAAGGCAAAGGUUCAACGAUGGACUCAAGAAGCGCUGGAAAAAACUCAUGGAACAGUCACCGAGAUGGCAAAAGCUGCAAAGGAUAGAUCCCACAGCACCUUCGAACAGAUUUCGGAAAAUCACCUCUUCUCUC